UUCAACCACUUGCUUAUAACCUCAAAUUUGGGACGAAAAAGUAAACUUAAACGUUGUUUGUUUUGGUAGCAUUAGAAAUGAUAUUAUCAUAUCUUUAAUUCAAAAGCCAUUUGCUUGCAGUAACUUACAGUGAUGGCUAGUUUUUACAAAGCAGUCGAAUCCCGCUCCAGUAUAAAUGGAACAAAAUUAAAAAAUAAUGUACCAUACGUAUCAUCGGGAAUUCCAUCUCUAGACCAUGUUAUAGGCGGUGGUUUACCAACCGGUGCAAUUUUUGUUGUGGAGGAAGAUGUGCUAGGUAAUUACAGCAGAGUCCUGAGUAAGUAUUUCCUAUCUGAAGGUGUUGUAUGCAAACAUGAUCUAUUUAUUGCCUCUGCAGAUGAUGACCCCCAUGAAUUUGUAAAGGAAUUGCCACAAGCAUGUGCAGCUCCUCCUGAGGACGAAGCAAGUGUAGUUGCAAGUGAUGUCAAUAAAAUGAAGAUAGCCUGGAGGUACGAGGGCCUCAAAGAGGUUGAAUCAUCGUUUGGUGACAAAACUAACUUUGGACAUCACUUUGAUCUGAGUCGACAUCUGGAUGCUGAAACUAUUAAGAAUAGUAAUAUAACUUAUUGGAAUAUCAAGGACAGUGGUGCUGGCGUAAAAGGAUUCAAGAAUGAUAUUUACUUCAAACUACUAACCAAUAUAAAAGACGUUUUAUCAAGAGACACAUACAAAGUAUCAAGCAAAGAGAACAGCAAUAUUUUAAGAAUCAACAUUCAGUCUCUGGGCUCGCCUCCAUGGAUGUGUCUGGAUUGUGAAGAGGAGGGAGAUGCGCAUAUGUUUGGGCAGGAUCUCCUGAAGUUUGUCUACUGCCUCAGAGUGCUGCUUAGAGGUACUACUGGUGUUGCCUUCAUCAGUAUUCCAGCACAUCUGUUUGAUAAUGAAUCUCUAACGAAAAGGCUGCUCUAUUCAGUAGAUAAUGCAGUAAGAAUUGAAUCAUUUGCCGGUUCCUCCAAAGAGACCAAUCCUGUUUAUAAAGAUUACCAAGGCUUGUUCCACUUGACGAAACUGAGUACAGUCCAUUCAAUUACGCCAUUUGUGCCUCCAAGCCUUGACUUGGCAUUCAAAUUGAGAAGGAAAAAGUUUAACAUUGAGAAACUGCACUUGCCUCCAGAAUUGGAAGAAACCAGUGAAAGAGAACAGGAUGACAUCACUGCUAAUCCUCAAAUUGCAUGUGGAGGAUUUAAGAAAAAGGAUAUAGAAUUUUAAAUAUGUAUCUAUAAGAAUUAUUAAAAUGCUUAAAAUAUAUGUUUUAUCAUAUAUUAUACAUUUAUUUACAUGGGA